AUGAGACUUCAAGCAUUGUCAAUUCUGUUGUGUAUCUUCUCUGCAGUUAAUGCCUUCCAUUUUUACCUUUCUGGUGGAGAGAGAAAGUGCUUCUACAAGGAGCUAUCCCAAGGUACCGUGUUGAUUGGAAAGUACGAUGUUUCUAUUUUAGAUCCAACCACAGAAAGUUUCAAAAAGGCAACCAGCGAUCAAGUUGGAGUUGUUAUUGAUGUUGAAGAGGUCUUUGAUAACGACCACAGAGUGGUCCACCAAAAGGGUUCUCCAACUGGUGAGUUCACUUUCUCAGCUCUUGACAGUGGUGACCACAGAAUUUGUUUUCAACCACAAUCUCAAGGAUGGUUGGCUAAGAUCAAGACUAAAGUCGACGUUGAUUUUGAACUCGGUAGCAGUGAACAGUACGAUUCUAAGAAGAGGGGUACUGUUCAAUCUUUGACUGACAGAGUUAGAACGCUCAACGAAAAGGUCAAUGAGAUUAAGAGAGAACAACAAUUGACCAGAGAAAGGGAGGCAAUCUUUAGAGACAUGAGUGAGACCACCAACUCUCGUGUUGUUCGUUGGUCUAUCAUUCAAUUAGUGGCAUUGGGUGGUGCUUGUGUUUGGCAGUUGAAGCAUUUAAGAUCAUUCUUCGUCAAACAAAAAAUCCUCUAA